AUCCGCACAUGCCAAUGCAAAUGGGAAUCUGGAGAACCCGUCAAUUAUUAUGAGUCCUGUAGCUCCCUAGGAGCCAUCGGAAAAUGUCAACCCGAAGUAGCCGGAGUUCAAGGAGGAGGACGCGAAAUCGAUCUGGUGCUUCUUCAGACGUGUUUGAAGACUCGACUGAAAAUGCUGUUGAAAGUACCUCUACAUCGGUUCAGCGCUCAGAAGCUCCAGGAGAUGCCGCAGAACCCAGCGGAAGCAUUGAUCCAAGAUCUGGUUUACGAACGUCAGAAGUGGAGCCAGGAAGCCCUCUAUCAUAUAGUGAUAUGUCCAGCGUGGCAACUGGGGGCGAUGGAUUGAGUUCCGUUCGGCCAGGUGUCAAUGACGAAGCGGCGAUGCGUGCGGUCUUGUCGCAGUCUGGACCACUCGUGGCCACCGAAGGCCUUGUUGGUACGACAGAAACAUCAUCUCUUAGUGGUCCUCAGACGGUUAUUUGGGGCACGGACGUGAAUAUCGCUCGUGUGAUGUCUCAGUUCAAACACUUCUUGUUGACCUUUGUCCCUAGUGCGCCUAUAGAGCAUCUCACCCUAACCACAGGUCGACCCCUGGACCCAGUACGGCCGCUCUAUUUGCAGCUACUCGAAGAUCUGUCCAUCUCUGGUCAAACGCAUCUAGAUAUCGACUGUGAACAUCUUCGACAGGCCCACCCUCAGCUCUACACUCAGUUGAUAACAUUCCCGAAGGAGGUGAUCCCAGCGUGUGAUGCAGCAACAAACGCAUUAUUUUUGGAUCGAUUCCGUGAUGCACAGCUUGAGCGUUCAAUUCAAAUCAGACCAUUCAACUGCGCACAGGCUCGCAAUCUACGCAGUUUGGAUCCAGAUGAUCUUGAUCAACUUGUCAGUGUCUCGGGAUUAGUUAUUCGGUUAUCUUCCCUCAUCCCCGAAAUGAUGCGAGCCGAAUUCAAAUGCGCCGUUUGUGGGGCUAUGACAUCAGUCCCCUGUGAGCGUGGUUGCCUGACGGAACCGGAAGCCUGUUCACGGUGUCAUUCAGCUCAUACAUGCCAGCUUCAGCAUAACCGCUGUUUGUUUGUCGACAAACAAAUGAUAAAACUUCAAGAAUCUCCUGAGAAUAUGCCUGCCAGUCAAACCCCGCACACUGUUUCGCUCUACGCCCACGAAGAUCUGGUAGACAAGGUGAAGCCGGGUGAUCGUGUGAUGGUUACUGGUAUCUAUCGUGCCGUUCCGUUGCGUAUGUCGAAUCGCCAACGUACCUUAAAGGCAGUUUACAAAACAUACGUGGACGUCUUACACUUUGUCAUUGAAAGUGACCAGCUGCAUUCAGACAGAUCAGUCGCCGAUCAUGACGCUUACGUUAAGCAGGGUUCCCUUCGUCAGUUUCGGGAGGAACGGAUACAGGAAUUUCAAACACUUGCUCGAAAGCCAGAUCUGUAUGAGCGGUUGGCGGCUGCUAUCGCACCGACAAUUUACGAAAACGAGGAUGUGAAGAAAGGAAUUUUGCUACAGCUUUUUGGAGGAACUCGGAAAGAUUUUUCUUCCAAAGGUCGUGGAGAGUUUCGCUCGGAGAUCAAUAUUCUCCUCUGUGGUGAUCCUGGAACCUCAAAGUCUCAACUUUUACAAUAUGUCUACCGUCUCACCCCUCGAGGACAAUAUACUUCCGGAAAGGGCAGUUCUGCAGUUGGUCUAACUGCUUUCGUCACAAAAGACCCAGAGACACGGCAGCUCACCUUACAGACGGGUGCUCUGGUCUUGGCGGACAACGGAAUUUGUUGCAUAGAUGAGUUUGACAAGAUGACUGACUCUACACGUUCCGUCCUCCAUGAAGUUAUGGAACAACAAACACUCAGUAUCGCGAAAGCGGGAAUUCUCUGUCAGUUGCAUGCUCGUACCUCCAUUCUGGCCGCAGCGAACCCUGUCGGUUCGAAAUGGGAUCCGAGCAAGACGAUCAUCGAUAACAUUCAGCUCCCGCACACACUACUGUCUCGAUUCGACUUGAUCUUCCUUAUUUUGGAUCCGCAAGAUGAAGUCUUUGACGCGCGGCUGGCACGUCAUCUGGUUGGCUUGUAUUAUCGUGGCUCAUCUACAGGGACAACUGAUGUGACUACAUCAACUACUCGCAGUCAUCGGGGUGCACGUCAGGCAAUUGCUCCAAUGGAGGUAGUUGAUGAUGAGUCAAAUGAUCCGGCCAAUAUCGACAUUGAUUUUCUCAAAGACUACAUCUCAUAUGCGAAGACCAAUUACCAACCAAAGAUGAGUGAAGAAGCCGGUGAAUAUCUUGUUCGUGAAUAUGUGGAGAUGCGCAAGCUCGGCUCUGGUCGCGGUCAGAUCUCCGCCUAUCCACGUCAGCUUGAAUCUCUCGUGCGUCUUGCUGAAGCGCACGCUCGUCUUCGUUUGUCGAACGAAGUGACUGCAGAUGACUGUCGUGAAGCGCGUCGCUUGCAGCGAGAGGCACUCAAGCAAGCCGCUAUUGAUCCAGUCACGGGUACGAUCGAUGUCAACAUCCUAACUACAGGUGUAAGUAGCAGCAUGCGCAAGCGCCGCGAGGAGAUGGCGGCUGCCAUCUGGACGUUGUUGGAAGAACGACCCAGAGUGCUCACGUUUGUUUAUUCUCGUAUUCUCGAGGAACUACGUUCUCGCUCAGAACGAAUGAUUACCCGUGAAGCAUUCGAGGACGGAUUGAACAUGCUCAAAAAUGCUAACAAAAUUGACUGGGCCGGAAACACAAUCCGCAAACGUUAACAAGAUUCCCAGAUAUAGAUUAAAGAUUUUUAUGUACUCCCACAUGUCUGUUAUGUCGUAUUCUUGAUAAAUAUAACGCAUUUUGUGUGGUGAAUUGUUUCCACCGGUUAAUUUAAAUGCCAGUUACGGCUAGGGUAAUGGACAGUGGAAGGCAAGUCUGUACCAGCUCUGUGGAGUGUUU